AUGAAAAGCAUGAUCUUAGGCGUAAUAGAUGAAAGCUGGUUUCAUGGGAAUAGCCACGUUGUAGUAAAUACCGAGGAUAAGAAGCGUAGUCAUGUUGUGUUGAGUCCCAACCUAACAACUUGUCAUCCAUCAUUCUCGGACGACAAUAAACCUGUCUACUGUUGUCCUCCUAAACAUGAGUCUGAAGAGCCCAUCAUAGAUUUUCAGUUCCCUGACCCGUCAACUCAACCAAUUCGUGUACGAAGACCUGCACAUGUCAUGGACAAAGACAAAGAUUUUGUUGCCAAGUACAACAAAGCUAUAGCCAUCAUGAAAUCACUUCCUUAUGAUGAUCCUCGUAGUUUCAGGCGCCAAGCUGAUAUUCAUUGCAUAUUUUGCACAGGAGCUUAUAACCAACAACAUUCAAAUUCCCUUAUGAAAAUCCAUAGAUCUUGGAUGUUCUUUCCAUGGCACCGUAUGAUGAUAUACUUUCAUGAAAGAAUUCUUGGAAGCCUUAUAGGAGACGAUACUUUUGCACUGCCAUUUUGGAAUUGGGACUCACCAGAGGGAAUGCACGUCCCUGACAUGUUCCUCAAUGGGUCAUUUGUUGAUACAGAACGUGACAGCUCUCACCUUCCUCCUCAAGUGGUCGAUGUUAACUUUGACGAGCAGGAAAGAGGGUUAGGACACGAGGAGCAGAAAGCAUACAAUGUUGGUUUCAUGUACACUCAAAUGAUUUCCGCUGCAAAAAAGCCAGAGCUCUUCAUGGGUUUUCCGUAUAAAGCCGGUGGAGAUGGGUAUUGCAACGCCCCAGGGACAGUAGAGGAUGCACCUCACAACACAUUACAUUAUUGGACGGGCAGCAACUUAAAUCCUGAAAGGGAGAAUAUGGGAGCAUUUUACUCUGCUGCUCGUGAUCCAAUCUUCUAUUCACAUCAUUCUAACAUCGACCGCCUUUGGGAGGUCUGGAGGGAGCUUAGAUCCUCAAACAAUGUUCCUGAAGACUCUGAUUGGUUAGACACUCAUUUCUUCUUCCACAAUGAAAAGUCACAACUUGUUAGGGUCAAAACCAGAGAUGUUCUUGAUGUUACUAAACUAAGGUACACCUUUGAUUGGGUUGAAAAUCCUUGGAUUAAUGCACGACCAAAGCCUUCUGUUCCUCCUCAUAUGGCACGGCAGAUGUUGAGAAUGAGAAACAGCAAUAAUCAUAGUGGUGGUUUACUCCUGACAACAUCUGACUUUGGCUCCAUGGGUCGAAUUCUGGACACCAUCAUAAGAGUUCAAGUUCAAAGGCCUAGAACCCAUAGAACGAAAAUAGAGAUUGAAUACGAAGAAGAAAUUCUAGUUGUGUAUGGGAUUGAUGUCAAGAAUGAUGUUUAUGCUAAGUUUGACGUGUACAUAAACGCAGUUGAUGAGAAUAUAAUCAGUCCUACAACAAGUGAAUUUGCAGGAACUUUUGUUAAUAUGCGCAGAGGUGUUAAUGUGGUCAUGAACAAGGACGAUAUAGCUGUUGACAAGAAGAGCCAUAUUAAGUUAGGGAUAUCUGAGCUGUUAGAAGACUUAGAGGCAGAUGAAGAUGAUAGUAUUUGGGUAUCCUUGGUGCCAAAAGGUAACACCGGUAUGAGUAUCUCCAUUGAUGGGAUUCGGAUUGAGUACCUUAGAUGA